UCGACCUUGCGAACCGAGACAACAAGACUGCAUGUUAAACAGGAAUACCUUUACCCCUACCAUGUUUGCUGCCAAGAGGAACUGCAAGCAGUGGGGUAUCACGUUGCUAGGGAGGGUGCUACUCUUGGCCGCGUGCUCGUAUGGGAGUUGUUCGUACUUGGUGAAUGCGGCUCCCGCAACUACCACUACUUCCACGUCCCCACAGGGUGUCAAUCUGGGCCCCGUGCGACUUUGGCCGGGAGAGAAUACGUACGUAUGGCGCGCUGCGGUCGAUCGAAGGUCCGCGGUUGCGACGGCGCAGGAAAGUUCCGCCGUUCCGACGUCUUCGCCCUUGUACCGUUCGCUCGUCGAGACGGCCGAUCGCGACUUGCUCCGUUUCGCCGAACGACUCUUGUCCGCCUAUCCAUCGUGGCUGACCAAAGGUACGGUAACUUUCGGGUUGCUACGAGCUGUGCCACAGACGGACGGUAGUGUGCAAAUUCGGAAUCGAAUCUUUAAUCAAAACGUAAUCUCGUUCGGGCCGUGCGUCGGGCACCGGUUCUCGUACCAAACGAAGACUCCGAUGGGAGCGCGUCAACAGCAUUCGACCUGUACCGUAUCUUUACCAAUCGCGGGUGGGUUUCUCGUCGCUCGGAAGCGUCGACGGAACGCGCCGAAAAACAAGCACAAUAAUGCUAGUUUUGGUUCUUUGUCCAUGACUUUAACCAAAACGCAAUUGCUGGAUACGGAUGAAAGUGGUGGUAGUGGUGGUAACUUGGACAGCCGCAGCAAUACUGCGUUUACCGGCGAUUUGGAAACUUCGUUGCAAGGGUACACACCGGCCUUGCUGGGAUCGUCGGGGUCACCGAGUUCGGCACGCAAGUGGCUGUACCUGUGCAGUCAAAGCAUGGUGCACGGGUACGUCAUGUGGCGGUUCCAUCACCACGUACGGGGCCAAGAAUUCGUGCAACGCAUUCGCAAGGCUGUACCCUCGAGCGAACUUCGCAACGGGUAGCUCCUCGUGAGACGGGUGAUCAAGAAGGAGGAACAUUUGGAAAUGAGAGCUCGGCAACGCAGACUUUCGUGGCAGAUAGCUCGAAAGGGAGCGGUCGUGUGUUGUAGGUUGCGCGUAGUUUCCGUAAACUCCGUACGUGUGUCUAACUGUAAGCGCUCUGACUACGACAUGCGGGUAUCCACGGAUGAAUUGCAAUACUGGUCCAAUCCAGGUCCGUUUGUGGUGCACGCCCGUAGGAACGAGUCUACUCGUAUGCAGAACGAUAAUAGAGAUCAUUUUGGUACUCGUC